AUGUCCUCCUACUUCUCCUCUAUAACAUCCUCUUCCGCAAUAUCCAACCUCGGAACCCGCCUCAAUUCUCUCCGCCGAGCUAUCACCUCCGACGAAGCAGACGACCCUGACAACGAAGACUGUUCGCACAUCUCCAACGUCCUCCGUGCAUACUACCUAGAGAAAGGCCGCCGUCUCCCCCCAUGGCUCCCACCUGACCCGAAAGAACGUUCUUCAUCCUCAACUCGUGUGAUCGCAACCUCUAACAACGUCUCGUCCGCCUCCGUAUCCUCAGGGCGGGGCGGAGGGCUUGGUGACUUGUGGGGUGACUCUGGCAGCGCCGCCACCGGCGGUCCACCACAGUCGGCUACAUCCAGCUUAAGGCGUGGAAGAGGACACCCCGGGUCCAGUGCGACGUCCCUUCCUAGCCAAACGUCCUCAAGUCAUUCGCCUUCCAUGUCGGCAUCGUCCUUGCAUCCGGCUGGAGGGAGGCCGAUGCCCGGUGAGCGUAGUGGUUCGUAUCAGUCUGUGACUAGUACGGGUUCAGGGUCGUCGCCUGGAUUGGAGAGGGCUGCGUCCGCGCAGGAACGGCUUAGGGCUAGACUGCAUGGUGGGCGGUCGCCGAGUCCAGGGCAGUUGUCGGAUCCAAGUUUGAGGAAGCCGGUCGACAUGCUUGCCGUCAUCCCCUGUGGCACUGCUCAAUAUAUUUUGGGCAUGCAGCGUGAACCGCGUAAGAACGGUGUGAACAAGAAGUAA